UUCAUCAUCCUCUCGGCUCACUGCACUCCAAUUGGGUAGUCGGAAGCCUUUUCCUCACGGUGGAGUUUAUGCUUGUUCCGAUGUGGUGUAUUUGUUAGACGCAAAUAAUGAAAGAGUAUCCGGCUGAACUGACCGUAGUCUUCUUCUACAACUUGUGCGUUAGCGUUUUAGCAGCUAUUGUGGGCAUAUUUGCAAAAUCAAAUGCAAGUGCAUGGAGAGUCAAAGCUGAUAUAGGAUUGGUCUCGAUCUUAUGUUCUGGGAUUUUCGGGUCGUUCUUGGACAAUGCCGUCAAUACAUGGGUGUUGAAAGUGAAGGGCCCCCUUUAUGUUGCGAUGUUCAAGCCAUUGUCGAUCGUUAUUGCAGUUGUCAUGGGCAUGUUGUUCCUCGGUGAUACUCUAUAUCUUGGAAGUAUCGUUGGAGCGACAAUAACAUCGGUUGGGUUUUAUAAUUUGAUGUGGAGAAAAGCAAAGGAAGAUGUGGAUGAGAGUGGCGAAAUUGGCUACCGAGAAUCUGUAGCUGAUAAGUUGAAGUUGCACUGGAUCGUUUCACAGAAUCAGAUGGAUUGCCCAUGCUCAGGGCACAGCACUGGUUGUAAAGAGGAAAACAUGCUUCACAAUGGGUUUGCGCCUUAG